UUUGCCAAUUCCUUAAUUUGCAAAUCUGUAAUGUAAUGAAAUGAUAAUUUAGCAUAUGUGUUUUUUACCCAAAGCUAAUGUUAUUUACUUUUUACCGGACACUUCAAGGAUAUUCAGUUGUAAGUGUUACCCCUUCAAUGAUUAUCAAGAAAUCAAUCCAAUGCUUGAUUUUAUGCCAUUUUGAUAUUCAGUGGCCGACCACUACGCUCAAGAUCCUUAUGGAAGUGGGGGAAUGGGUGGAAUGGGAGGAAUGGGCGGAAUGGGAGGAAUGGGCGGAAUGGGAGGAGGUGCCGGAACGAAAACCUGGUGCUGUGAAAACGCUAACCUCAUAAAUGGACGCUGUGUGUGUAAACCUAGCUACAAAGGCGACAGCAAACACCCCUGUGUUCAACCAUGUUGGGACAAAUGUGGACAAAAUUCCGUCUGUGACGUGGAGGAAUUUGUAUGUUCCUGUAAGAAUGGCAUGGUCGGUGAUCCCUACUCAAGUGUCGGAUGUGACGUGCCUUGCGGGGGUAAAUGCAUCGCCAAUGCUGUCUGUAACGAAAUAACCAACCAGUGCGAGUGUAAAGAAGGGUACAGUGGAAGUGCUUUGACAAAGUGUUACAUCCCAUGUGACAACAAAUGUAAGGCCAAUGCAUAUUGUAACUCGGAUAACAAGUGCCAGUGUAAUGAUGGUUACAUCGGAAACGCGUACAAAGGCUGUGAACUGCCAUGUGGAGGAAGCUGUCCAUCAAACGCCAAUUGUGAUCGUAAAACCAACAAAUGUGUGUGUAAUGAAGGCUUUAUUGGUAACCCUUACACGGAUGGUUGUGACGUUCCAUGCGGCGGUAAAUGUGUGUACAACGCCUUCUGUAAAAGCAGGGACAACAAAUGUUACUGUAACCCCGGACUUGUUGGAGACCCUUACACCAGAUGUGCCAAACCAUGUGACGACGCCUGUAGAGAGAAUGCCUUCUGUAAUAAGAAAGACAACAAGUGUCAAUGUAACAAAGGAUACAUGGGGGACCCAACUGUUGGCUGUAGAAAGCCGUGUGAUGACAAAUGUGUUAAAGAUGCCUAUUGCGACACAGACAACAAAUGUAAAUGCAAGAAAGGACUUGUUGGUGAUCCUUAUGUAAAAUGCGGAAAGCCAUGCGACGGAAAAUGUAAGAAGAAUGCUUAUUGUGAAAAAUCCGACAAUAGGUGUCGCUGUCUGGAAGGCUUUGUCGGAGAUCCUUACAAAGGAUGUGACGUUCCAUGCAAAGGAAAAUGUAGAGAGAACGCUUUCUGUAACGACAAUAACAAGUGUCAAUGUAAGACGGGAUUUUUCGGGGAUCCGUACAAAGGCUGUAGCAAACCAAGCGUGUUCUCACUCGUGCGCCUAAGCUACUCAGUAAAAGAGAAUGUAGGUCAGGUACAGAUAGAAGUUGUCAGAACUGGCGGCAGUUCUAGUUCCAACGUGGUGUCAUGGGUAUCCAACGACGGAAGUGCUUUACAGAAGAGUGACUACGUUGGCACGAAAGGAUCUUUGAACUUUAAGAGUGGAGUUAAAAGCUUGAAAAUUAAUAUCAAGAUUGUCAAUGACAAGGUGUAUGAAACUGACGAAUCGUUCACAGUGUCACUAGUAUCUGUUAACAAUGACGGAUCACUCGGAUCACUCACGACAACCACUGUGACCAUUGAUAGCGACGACGGUAAGACACACAAGCCAAUAACCUUAUAA